AUGUCAGAGGAAGACUCUGUUUCUAAAAUGAGUUCUUCUCUGACUUCCGGAUCCAAGGCACGGGUUGAGUCGGCACGGCGUCGGAUCGAUUCGUAUGAUCUCUCUGCUGGAGAUAAUCCCCGGUCUGUGAUUUCACAACCACAACUUCGUGGCCCUAACUAUGAUGAGUGGGCAAUGAACCUUCGACUUGCUUUACGGUGGGCAAAUAAUGCCAUGGUAGUCUCUUGGAUCAGACUCACGGUAGCACCGGAUUUGAACAGCUCUUUGUCUCAUCAUGAAAUCUCUCAUGACCUAUGGUCUCAAAUACAAAAGCGGUUUUCUGUGAAGAAUGGACAGAGAGUACAACGUAUUAAAACUGAAUUGGCAAAUUGUCAGCAAAAAGGAUCGGCUGUUGAGGCAUAUUAUGGGAAGCUGACCAAGCUAUGGACGAGUCUUGCGGAUUUUCAACGUGCCAAGAUGGUUGAAGAAAUUGCGAAAGAACGGGAAGAAGAUAAGCUGCAUCAAUUUUUGAUGGGGCUUGAUGAAAGUCUGUUUGGGGCUGUCAAGUCAUCUCUUCUUUCCCGUGAUCCACUUCCGUCUGUUGAUGAGGCAUAUCAGGUUGUCUCGCAAGAUGAGGAAUCUAAGCGUGCUAGUCGUUUGUUGGAAGCACGGAAUGAAGGAGCUAGUUUCGCUGUUCAAAGUACUCCUCGUAUGGCUACGUCAUCACAAUUGCGUGAUCCGUCUGCGUUAUGUACGAGCUGUGGACGGAAAGGCCAUUUAGCUGAUCAUUGUUUUCGCAAGAUCAGUUAUCCAUGGUGGUGGGGCGAUCGGCCACGUUCUAAACUGCCCAACAUUCUGCCAGGUAGUUCUGGCACUUCCACUGUCGAUUGUCGGGUGGCAACUGUUCCUCCAAAGCGUGUUGAGACGCCACAAGUCCAUCAUGUCGCGACUUCGUCACCGGUGUUUAUGGGCUCUACAUCGAUCACGGAGGCGGAUCGUGUGGGGUUUAGUGGUUUAAGAGAUCAAGAGUGGAAAAAGCUAAAGGAUAUGCUGAAUACAAGGAAAGCUAGUACUAAUGAUCACCUUUCGGGUAAGUUUUUCAUUGAAUCUUGGAACAUUGACACCGGUGCAUCGAAUCACAUGACGGGUAGUCUUGAUUUUCUCUUGGAUGUUUGUGAUAUGGCACCUAUGUUCAUAAAAUUGUCGGAUGGUCGGUUCACUAUUUCGACUAAGCAAGGGACAGUUUCUCUUAGGUCUCAUCUUCGGUUACUUAAUGUGGACCGCAUCACACAGACGGUGAUUGGAGCGGGUGAACAAGACAAUGGUCUGUAUUUUUACCGAGGGAUGGCUUCUACAGCGGUGACACGAGCUUUGGAUCAACAACCUAAGGAUUUCGCCAAGCAAGUAAAAACUAUUAGAAGGGAUAAUGGAUCCGAGUUUCUGAGUCUUGGUGGUUUUUUCCGCGAGAGAGGCAUAAUUCACGAGACUUCAUGUGUUGGUACACCGCAACAGAACGGGAGAGUCAAACGGAAGCGUCGACACAUCCUUAAUGUUGCAUGGGCUUUGCGGUUUCAAGCUCACCUUCCGGUGGAGUUUUGGAGCUAUUGUGUUCUUACGGCAUGUUAUUUAAUUAAUAGAAAACCUACGGUGGUUUUACAAGGUAAGACUCCUUUCGAGAUGCUCUACAACAGACCACCGCCUAUGAAUCAUUUACAAGUGUUUGGUUGCUUAUGCUAUGCUCAUAAUGAACGUCAUGGCGGCGAUAAGUUUGCUUCUCAGAGCAAUCGUUCUGUUUUUCUUGGUUACCCUUACGGGAAGAAGGGAUGGAAGAUAUAUGAUCUUGAGAGUGGUGCGAUUUCUACAUCUCGUGAUGUUGUGUUUCUUGAGAAUGAAUAUCCUUUUGCUGAGGUUCCUUUGGAGUCUCAUAUCCCCUUGACUACAUUGACUCCUCGUCCUUAUAUACCGGACGACGAGGAUGAUGUUUUUGUGUCGGCUUUGGUUCCGACUCUGCCUACUGCGUUGGCUGAUAGUCCUCGUGUUGAGGUCUCGGGGAUCACAACUGAUACUACUAUAUCGGAUGUCUCUUCUCCGGCAUCUCCUCCUGUGAGUCCUACGCCGUCUUCACCGGAGAGUGAGGUUUCUCUUUCUCUGACAUCCCCUAUAUCUCCCAAUGUCUCUGCUGAGACUUAUGAGUGUAUUUUCUCUUCUGUUGAUGAUGAUGAUGAUGUUGUUCCUAUGGGAAAAGGAUGUCGUCCAAAGUUUAAAUCUAAACGUCUUGAUGGUUAUGUGACUAACAUGACUCAUUUGGAGCAUGAUGAUGUUUUAUUUGAAUCUAGUUGGUAUCCGAUUGACUCUUAUGUUGAUUGUUCUCAGUUCUUGGUCCAUCAUCGUGCGUUUCUCGCUGCAAUAACUGCUGGUGUUAUUCCUCGCACAUAUGCUGAGGCUUUUGAAGAUGAAAAUUGGCGUGAAGCAGUUCGUGUCGAAAUCAUUGCUCUUGAAGACCAAGGUACAUGGACGGCUGAAACUUUGCCUCCAGGGAAGAAAGCUCUUGGUUGCAAAUGGGUGUUUACAUUGAAAUGCAGAUCUGAUAGAACGCUUGUGCGUUACAAGGCUCGACUUGUUGUUCUCAGUAAUAAUCAGACUGAGGGUCUGGAUUAUAAGGAGACUUUUGCACUUGUUUGUAAGAUGAUGACGGUGCGGUCAUUUUUGGAGGUUGCGGUUUCUCGAGAUUGGGAAAUGGAUUAA